AUGAAACGGAGACAAAAGAGGAAACAUUUGGAAAAGGAAGAGUCCCAGGAAACUGAUGAGAAGGGAAGAGGAAUGUCAAAAUCACAAGAGGAUGCCCCUCAUCUUGAAUCCACUGGAGUGGCCAAGAUGUGCCGCCUAGGAGGAAGGGAGUUCUCCUCUGCCUCGGAAUACUUCUCCUGUGUGUCUUCUCCAUACAAGCUCUUCCAUGGUAGUAGAGGAACCCGGAAAUUACAAGACAGUCCCAAGCCUAGAUCACCCCUAACCCAGUUUCAAAAACAAGGGGAGACUCUUCCCCACUCCCAGAAUAACUCCUUCUCAACCCAUUCAUCUUAUAAGACCUGUGUGUCCUCUCUGUGUAUGAACAAAGAGGAAAAGGACAUGAAAAUAUACUACAUGCAGGUAAAAAUGAAAAAAGGUGUAGCUGUCUCCUGGGAAACAGAGAAAACCUCAGAGUCCCUAGAAAAGCAUCCAAGGAUGGAAGAAGUAAGCCUUCCUGAGAAAGUGCGAGUAGGUACUCCCCCCUCUGAUGUAUCCACCAGAAACCUCCUGUCUGACAGCGAGCCCAACGGGGAGGAGAAAGAACAUGAGGAAAGGGCAGAGGCAGAUAGCUCGCCAGGGUCACCUGCAGUGGAGGAGAGACCCAGGGCCAAGACACCUGACUGGCUGGUGACCAUGGAGAAUGGUUUCAGAUGCAUGGCCUGCUGCCGGGUCUUUGCCACCAUGGAUAUCCUCCAGGAGCAUGUGAAGCAUGGGAUCAGGGAGGGCUUCAGCUGCCACGUCUUCCAUCUCACCAUGACUCAGCUGAUAAGCAAUGUAGAACCAGAGAGUGCCCAAGAAGAGGAGGAUGAGGAUGAGGAGGAAGAGGAGGAGGAGGAACAAGAGAAGCCAGAAGACAAGGAGAAUAAGGAGGACCAGCCCACAAGGGAAGACCCUGGCCUGAAGAGACCCUGGAGCCAAUGUCCAGGCUGUGUGUUUCAUUCUCCAAAGGAUAGGAAGUGA